CAACCGUGUGACUUGCCGGUAUCCUUGUGAUUAAGUUCUUAAUUUUUGCAGUAUCAUCAGAAAGUGGUAUUAUAGAAAGAAUGGAUUAUCAACAAAGUUAUGGAAGACAAUCAUAUUCAAAAUCUAACGAUAGAGGAAAAUAUCGCAGAAGUAAUACAUUUAGAAACGCAGAUCAAUAUUCAAAUUCUCAUAAUAAUUUUAACAAUGAAUUUGAAAAACUAAUAAUACAUAUUAGUACUGACAAAGUAGGAAGAUUAAUUGGUAGAAGUGGAAGUAAUAUUAGAGACCUACAAGAUAAAACAAGUACAAAAAUUCAUAUUGAUAGAUCCAGUGGAAAUGAUACUACUGCUGUAACUAUAAUUGGAUCUAAAGAAGGACAACAACAAGCUAAGAGUCUAAUAGAAGAAUCUUUAAACGAUUUUUCAUAUCCAUCACAAAGAUUAGAAAAUGAGCAAAAGGAACAAGAUGAUAAACCACAAAUUGAUUUUGUAGCAUUUGAUUGGUCUCAAGCUAACAAAAAAUGUGAUGAAUUUAGAAAAGAAAAGUGGUCAAAAUGUGUCCCUGUUAUCAAAAACUUUUAUAAAGAACAUCCAGCAGUUGCUAACAUGACAAAAGAACAAGUAGCCAAUAUCAGGAAAACAAACAAUAAUAUUGAAGUGAAAUAUAUGUUUGAUGAACAAGGGAAUGAUACAGAACAAUCUAGUAUACCUAAUCCUAUUGAGACAUUUGAACAGGCUUUUGAAAUUUUCCCUGAAAUACUUGAAGAAAUCAGAAAACAAAGAUUUACCAAACCAAGUCCAAUACAAUGCCAAGCUUGGCCUAUUCUUCUUAGUGGUCAAGAUCUUAUUGGAAUUGCUCAAACUGGCACAGGAAAAACUUUGGCAUUUUUACUGCCUGCUUUGAUUCAUAUUGAGGGCCAACCAAUACCAAGAUCAGAACGAAAUGGUCCCAAUGUUCUCGUUAUGGCUCCCACUAGAGAGCUGGCAUUACAAAUUGAAAAAGAAGUAAACAAAUACUCUUAUCAUGGUUUCAAGGCAGUAUGUUUGUACGGAGGUGGAAGUCGUAAAGAGCAAGUUAAUGUGGUAACAAAAGGUGUGGAGAUUGUUAUUGCAACACCCGGUCGGCUAAAUGAUCUUGUAGAGUCGAAUAUUUUAAAUCUUAAUUCGAUCACGUACCUCGUGUUAGAUGAAGCUGAUCGUAUGCUUGAUAUGGGAUUUGAACCACAAAUUAGAAAAACCUUGUUAGACAUAAGACCAGAUAGACAGACAGUUAUGACAAGUGCUACUUGGCCUCAAGGUGUUAGACGCCUAGCUCAAUCAUACAUGAAAAAUCCAAUACAAGUAUUUGUUGGAUCUCUGGAUUUAGCUACUGUACACACAGUAUUACAAAAAAUUUAUAUCAUUGAGGAAACAGAAAAAACUGAUAUGAUGUAUCAAUUUUUCCGUGAAAUGGCUCCCACUGAUAAAGUAAUGGUAUUUUUUGGAAAGAAGUCCAGGGUUGAUGACAUAGCGAGUGAUUUAGCUUUGCAAGGUGUCAAUUGUCAAAGUAUACACGGAGGAAGGGAACAAUGCGAUAGAGAACAGGCAUUGGAAGAUUUAAAAACUGGUGAAGUUCAAAUACUACUUGCAACCGAUGUUGCUAGUCGAGGAAUCGAUAUUGAAGAUAUUACGCACGUACUGAAUUAUGAUUUUCCACGAGACAUAGAAGAAUAUGUUCAUCGAGUUGGUCGUACUGGUCGUGCUGGACGCACGGGAGAAAGUAUAACAUUUAUGACCAGGAGGGACUGGUCUCACGCAAAGGAAUUAAUUAAUAUUUUGGAAGAGGCUAAUCAAGAAGUCCCUGAAGAAGUAUAUAAUAUGGCCGAUAGGUACGAAACAUGGAAGGAGAAACGAGCAAACGAAAAACAGUUGGGACGAUCAGAUAGAGGUGAUUAUUCGAAUAGAAGAAAUAGUAGAAAGUGGUAG